AUGGUAAUUCUGCGCCAACCAACGGCUGCUCUAGAGGAGAACAAAUCGAACCUCACUUCAGCUUCAGGCGAAGUCAGUGCCUCCUCCAACCAGCGGUCCUUCGCCUCUCCAAACCCUAAUCUAUCAAUCAAGAAGAAGAGGAACCCCCCCGGCAACCCGGGUCAGUCCCAGUGAUCUCGUACCACCAUCUCUCUCUCUCUCUCUCUCUAUUCAAUCAGCUCAUGAGAAUUUCCUAUUCUUGCGGUGUUGAUUUGCAGACCCAGAUGCGGAGGUGAUAGCUCUAUCGCCCAAGACCCUUCUUGCCACGAACAGAUUCGUGUGUGAGAUCUGUAACAAAGGGUUCCAGAGGGACCAGAAUCUGCAGCUCCACAGGAGGGGGCAUAACCUGCCAUGGAAGCUGAGGCAGAGGAACAGUAAGGAGGUAAGGAAGAAGGUGUACAUCUGCCCGGAGGUAACCUGCGUUCACCACGAGCCCUCGCGGGCUCUCGGUGACCUCACCGGCAUCAAGAAGCACUUCUCCAGGAAGCAUGGGGAGAAGAAGUGGAAGUGCGACAAGUGCUCCAAGAAGUAUGCCGUUCAGUCCGACUGGAAAGCCCACUCCAAGACUUGCGGCACCAGGGAGUACAGAUGUGACUGUGGAACACUCUUCUCAAGGCGAGCUCGUUUAGUCCUCCUUCCCUUUCUCUUUCUCUCUGAUGACCAGCACUUGCCUGAUCGAGAGUAAGACGUGCGAAAUCCUAGUGCGAAACGAGAUUUUUCUUCCAAUAUUCUACUCCACUAUCUUAUAUUAUUUCAUUCUUCUUUCGAUCUUUCGAUGUGACUGAGGCAUCUUCUUAUCAAGGCAAGCCUGUCUCAGUCCGUCCUAACAGCACAUUUCUCUCUCUCACUCGCUCUCAAUGGAUUGAGGGAGCAUGGGGAUUAAUUUAUUCAUAUGCUAUCCUCUCUUAUCUUGUUUUUUUUUCGUUUUUUUGAUUUUUUAGAGUGUUGUCCUUGUCCGGCACCGGUUGGGAUGGCUCUUUUGUAUUCUUUCUUCCCUUUGUUGUUGUAUUGACUUGCGUUCUCUGGUUUGUUCUUGCAGGAGGGACAGCUUUAUCACUCACAGGGCCUUCUGCGACGUCCUAGCAGAAGAAAGCACGAGAGUCUGCACUGCAGCAAACCCUUUGCCAGACUGCCACCACCCCCUCCUCCUUUCUCCGGCCACAAUUCCCCAUGACCCGACUUCCUCCUCCCGGGGAAACCCCCAGACCCAGUUCCCCUUCUCCGCCAUUGCUAUAGACAGUCAAGCUCUGGAAGACUUCUCUUUGAAAAGAGAACAGCAGCAUCAGCUCAGUCUAAGACCGGAGGUUCCAUCUUGGCUAGCUUACCAGGCCCCACCUGCUCAAGGAUCCUUCAUCAACUUUGACUUCCUCCCUUCCCUCUUCCCAACGUCGUCUCCUCUCCCUCCUCGCACCUUCCACCCUUCUCUUCACAUGUCCGCCACUGCGUUGCUGCAGAAGGCGGCGCAGAUGGGCUCGACCAUUAGCAGCCGGUCCGAUCGGAGCCAGAUGGCGGCUCACACGGGCGGCGGCGAUUCCACGGCGGUUUUCGGGCUCAGCUCGUCGUCGCAUAUAAACAUGGAGGGAUUCCGUCCCGGAAGUCAACCUCCUUCCUCGGUGCAACAUAUGGUGAUGAGUUCCUUCCCUUCGAGCUCCCAUCAAGAAGGGUACUCCCUCACGCAUGGUAACGGAUGGGUGAUCGGUUCCCGUGGAGACGUCGACGACGGAGGCGGCGGCGGCGCCUCCUCCUCCGCUGCCGCCGCUGCCGAUGGGAUGACGAGAGAUUUCUUGGGUCUUAGGGCGCUUUCUCACGGAGAUAUUCUCAGCAUGGCGGCGCGCCUUGGGCCUUGCGUGAGCUCCUCCUCCUACGAGCCGCUGCAACACUGCAAGAAACCUUGGACAGGGUAG